AGGCUUCCCCGCCCAGCUCGGCGAGCCCGCGCUUGACAGGAGGCUGGCUUGCAGAGAAGUCGGGGGAGAGAGAGAGAGAGAGAAACUCGACGUUUCCCCCCUUCGAAAGAGGGGCAUCCCGCCGUUGCCAUGGAGUCGUCCAACACCUCCAAGGGGUGCAUGGGCCAGUUUACCACCUUCAUCUGCUCCCAAAGGGGAAUGCUCCUUGCCGCGGAAAUAAUUGCAUGUCUCAUCAUCCUUAUUUGCUAUGGUGCAUCCAGAUCAGCUGCCUACUCAAGUCUGGCAAUCUUUAUGAUGAUUUACUGCAUCGUCCUGUUUAUCAUCUUCAUGUGUGCCUUACACCUCCAGAUAACUUUCAUCCACUGGGGAUGGACGAGUUUUAUCCGGGCUCUUAUAGGAGCAGUGGCCUUCAUCAUCACCUCCAUCGUUGUCUUCGUUAGCCACCCAGAUGGAGCAGCCCUGGCUGCUGGGGUGAUUGGAAUUCUGACCGGAAUCCUCUUUGGCUAUGAUGCCUACACCAUCUUGCCUACUCUCAGGAAAGCCCAUACAGCAGCUCCCUCCGAGCCUAGAGAAGGAAUCUGAAGACCCUCGCCCACUUCAAGACAAAACACCACACUGGACCCAUUCCCUAUUGCCUUCUACAGGAUCUGUCCCGGAGAGACCACCGCCCUCUAUCAAUUUGGGAACAUCAUAAUCCUCUUUUCCUUGGGUGCCCAGUAGGACUGAUGAUCCUCUGAGCUGGCAGGUCCUUUCCCCUUGUCUCCACUUACGAUCCUCCUUUUUCUGAAACUGUUCCAGCAGUGGAAAAUAAGGGCAGUUCUGUAAUCCUUCAGGGAAAUAGCAGAGCCCCAGUAAGCUGGAUUUCAUAGGUUUGUGACUAUGGAUUGCCGUGCAUCAGAUUGGGGAAUAAUUCCGUUUACUCUCUGAUUGAGAUGGGAAUUACAUAGGGCCUUGACAUUUUAUCCCUAUUUAUAGAAAAAGCGGAGUGGAAGGGGACCUGCUGGGCCUUCUCUUUUGGGGGUCUUUUUGCCCUGUUUUAAAGAGGAAAGUAAGAGACCAAAAUCUGAGUGCUCUUGUCCAGAUUUUCUAGAUAAGAGAUCACUAUUUUGAAAUCUAGUAAAUAGGACUUAAAAAAAAAAGGUUUGUAACUUUUGAAGUGUCCGAGUUCCACCCCAUGAAAGGAUGUUUGAAAUUUCAGUAAGCCAUCUUAGAUACCCAUUUAGGAUAAGGGCAAUUUAUUAUUUUUUUAAAUAAAGGAAGCAAUUAGGGUGUCCAACACUGGUAACUGUCUAUAUCAUUUAUUUUCUCCCCUAAUUUUAUCUCUCUUAGGGAACCUCAGUCUUUAAAACAGGCAUUAGGUUAUGGAGCAGGGUUGUGUGUGUGCGGUCACUGUCAGCAAGCAGAAAAGGUGUGAGUUUGGGUGGUCAACAGCUACUGAAGCUUUCCGUGUUAAGGAAUAGUUUUCUGAAUUAGAUACCCAGGGCUCAGAGGUAAGACUCUGGUGCCAUGCAGAGUUCGUUACCCUGCCUUAUUUUGCAGAUUAUUUUUUUAUAAAAAUAGUAAACAUAUCAAACUUUUAUAUAAAAUACGCAAAUUCAUAUACUUGAUAAAGGUCAUUGAUUUUUUUUUUCAGAAGAAGACAACUUGGACUACCUUGGUGCUGAUUUUGGGGUAUUUUUUAAUUAUUAUUUUGGUGUAGUGCAGAAUGCACACAGCCUUGGCUAAAGGCUCAGUGCUAUAUUAGGAGACAGGCAAGGGGCCUGGUUUUCUUCUCGGGAAUGAGGGGGCUAUCCUGUUGCCUUAAGCUUAGGACAUUUUUCUCAUCUGCAUGGCAGGAGAGGCAGAAGAGAAAGGAGAAUGUCUACUGCCAGCUCUCACCCAAUUCUCUCCUUCUGUUGGUCCUCAGGCAGCUUGACUCUAUUUUGUGCUUGCUGGAGAAAUAAAAUAGUUUAAAAUGCAAAUAAACUAUAUCUGAAUUGGUAUUAA